AUGACUGGCCAAAUGGGACGUGAUUUCAAAAUUCCAUGGUAUCGUUUGGUGGUGGUUGGACCAAAGGGGGUUGAUAAUAAGGUGGCCUUGAAGGGGAUAUUCGGGGUAUGGAGCUGGUGUGGCAGAUGGAACUAUGUUUGCUUCUGCUUUACUUAUGAGUACAUAGACCCUUUUGAUGGCUUGGUUGGCUAUGAAGAGGAAUUUGAGCGAAUACUGGGUUACUCCCUAGAAAGAGGAAAUCCUUAUCGAUAUACUGGGCAACCACCGAAGUUGGACACAAUUGCUGAAGUGUUGAAGAUCGACAUAAGAGAGUUGGCAAGUACAAAAGAGGAAAAAGGGGCUAUUCAUGGGUUUUCAAGAAAAUAUCUAGAGCAAAAGUGCCAAGAUUUAGCUGAUAAAAAAGAAUGGAGUACUUUUAUAGAUGUUUUGGCCCUCAUUAUCUACGGUAUUGUUAUAUUUCCAAACCUUGAUAACUUUGUAGAUUUUGCUGCCAUAAAUGUAUUCUUAGCUUUUAACAAACAUAAACAAAACCCAGUUCCUGCGGUUCUUGCUGAUGUAUACUACUCUAUGCAUAUGCGACACGAGAAGAAAGGGGGAACAAUUUUAUGUUGUGUUCCAGUGCUGUAUACUUGGUUUGUAUCUCACAUGUUCAAGAAAGGGUAUCAUGUUGGGGUCAAGAGCAAUCGUGAAUGGGCUCAGGGUAUAGCUAGCCUUACUGGAGAUAAAAUUUCAUGGUACUAUAGAGAACAAGAGGUGGAAGAGAUAAAAGCUAUUGAGGGGUAUAAUGUUUAUGGCCUUGAAGCUUUCGAUAUGUGUUUGGUUCCUGAUGUGACUAUCCCUGCCAAAUUCAAGGUUCCUGACUUUGAAAAAUACAAGGGCAACACAUGUCCUAAAAAUCAUCUAACUAUGUAUUGCAGAAAAAUGGCAUCUCAUGCUCAUAACGAUAAACUUCUCAUUCACUUCUUCCAAGACAGUUUGAGUGGGGCAUCGUUAAGUUGGUAUAUGCAUCUUGAGCGAAAUCAAAUUCGUUCAUGGAAGGACCUAGCUGAUGCCUUUUUGAAGCAAUACAGGUACAACGUUGACAUGGCCCCUGAUAGGAUGCAAUUGCAAAAUUCACUGAAAAAGGACAACGAAGCUUUCAAAGAAUACGCACAACGGUGGAGGGAAAUGGCCUCACAAGUAGAACCCCCAUUAUCUGAAAGAGAAAUGGUUGGUAUGUUUAUGGAUACUCUCCAGUCGCCUUUUUAUGACAAGAUGAUUGGGAGUAUGUCAUCAAACUUUUCUGACCUUGUCAUGAUAGGAGAAAGGAUAGAAAGUGGGAUGAGGAGUGGCAAGAUCGUAUGUGCAGCAACUAGCGUGAAACGACCCCAGACGACAUUCACAAAAAAGAAAGAAGGAGACACUAACGCUGUAAUGGUAAACCCCAGAAUCUCUUAUUUUCCACCCAUCAAUUCUUAUCGACCCCCAAUUUUCCAGCCCCCGAUACCACAAAAUCCUUACACCCCUUAUCCAUAUGUGGCCGCAACCACACAAGCUUCAUUCCCCCAAUAUCCCCCUUCAAGACCACCUUUUUAUCAACCACCACCUACCGCAUUUUCCCCACAAAAUCAAUACCCAAGCUCAAAUCACUACAGACCACCUGUCAAUCGAGAAAAAAGGAUAACUCGUUUUGAUCCAAUUCCCGUCACGUAUAGCCAAUUGUUGCCCCAUUACAUCUUCCUCCUCUGUUACUCACGCACUCAAAUCCCUCCUUCCUCCAUUUUUGAGGACAAUCCCAACAUAGGGAGCAACCCUUUGCCAGGUCACGGGAACGCCUCUGUGAAUUUCAUUGAAGAUGGGAUAGACCAAUAUGCAGUAGAUGGUCAUGUGUUCACCAUGGGGUCGUGUGUGGAAAAUAAUAUAUCUUUCCCAAAACCAUUGGAAAUUCUUUACAAAAAAGAGAAUCUUAAGUCAACUCAUAGCAAGCCAAAUGCAAUAAUUGUCCAAACACCAAUCCCGUUUCCUUAUGGAAAUACCAAGGCAGUACCGUGGAAAUACGAAGUCACAUCCCACUUGGCAGAUCAUCAACCAAGUGAUGAUUGUGAACCUAAAGGAACUGAGGUCACUAACAUCUCAGGGAUUGGUGGAAUGACUCAGAGUGGUCGAGUAUACACUCCUGAGCAACUUAGGAAAAAGGAGGUUAAUGGAGAAAAGGGAAAAGAAGAUAUGUAUCAUGCCAUAAAAGGACAAGAGAUCGUUAAAAAUACGGUGUCUGAAGAAGAAUCUAAUGAAUUUUUGAAGUUUGUCAAGCAAAGUGAAUAUAAGGUGGUGGAUCAGCUAAAUCAAACCCCUUCCAAGAUAUCAGUUCUCUCCUUGUUAUUGAAUUCUGAAGCACAUAGAAGGGCAUUGAUGAAAGUUUUAAACGAAGCCCAUGUUACUCACGAUAUCACCGUCGAUCAGUUUGAUGGAGUUGUCGGUAACAUCACUGCUAGUAGUUGCCUGAGUUUUAGUGAUAAUGAAUUACCAGCUGAAGGGACAGAGCAUAAUAAAGCACUGCACAUCUCUGUGAGGUGUCACGAUCAUAUUCUUGCACGAGUGCUAGUAGAUAAUGGUUCAUCAUUAAAUGUCAUGCCUAAAUUGACACUAUCAAAACUAUUUGUUGAGGGAGCCUGUUUGAAGCCUAGUGCUUUGGUGGUGAAAGCGUUUGAUGGAUCUAGAAGACAAGUGGUUGGUGAGAUUGACCUGCCAAUUCAAAUCGGACCCCACAUCUUUGGGAUAACCUUCCAAGUAAUGGAUAUUAAACCGGCGUACAGCUGUCUUUUAGGGAGAUCAUGGAUUCAUGUUGCUGGAGCAGUGACAUCCACCCUCCAUCAAAAGCUAAAGUUUAUGGUGAACAAUAAGCUGUUAAUAAUAUAUGGGGAAGAAGAUAUGAUAGUAAGUCAUUUAUCUUCUACAAGCUACAUUGAAAACACAGAGGAAGCCAUAGAGACUUCGUUUCAAGCAUCAGAAAUUGCUAAUGCCGUCUUCAGGGGUGAAGAAUAUCGUUUAAAAGAACCAAAACUAUCUACCACAUCAUUGAAGUUUACCAAAUCUAUGUUGGAAGGAGGAGUUUUUGUUAAUUUGGGAAAGUUGAUAGAAAUACCAGAAAAGAACAAGAGGUACGGGUUGGGAUAUGUACCUACUCAAGCUGAUGAAGAAAAGGCUGCGAAGGAAAAAAGAGAAAACAAGGUGACUCGUCGAGAAAACUGGAUACCGAAUUCACAGAAGAUUCCUAUUUGUGACAUUCGUCAAAAUUUUCAAAGCGCCGGAAUAAUAUAUGCUGAUCAGGUGGCUGUUGCGGAAGAGGAUCAUGGUGAUGAUGAUACCCUCAAGCUAGUGUACCCUUGUCCUCCAAACACCAAUCUCAACAAUUGGAAGAUCAAUCAUGCCGAUGAGGAUUGUGAAGACGAUUGUGAGCUUCCCCCAGAACUAGAAAGCUUAAUUGAACAGGAAGCUAAGAUAAUCCAACCCUAUCAAGAACCUGUUGAGGUGAUCAAUUUAGGGACUGAGCAUGAUAAAAAAGAAGUUAAAGUUGGUAUGUCUAUGAAAGAAAGUGAGCGAGAAAAGUUGGUUAAACUUUUAAUUGAUUAUGUGGAUGUCUUUGCAUGGUCAUAUCAGGAUAUGCCCGGGUUAGAUACUAACAUAGUUGAACACAAGCUACCACUAAAGCCUGAAUACACUCCAAUUAAACAGAAGUUGAGAAGGAUGAGACCUGAUAUGUCGCUUAAAAUUAGAGAAGAGGUCAAGAAGCAAUUUGAUGCUGGUUUCUUAGCAGUAGCAAAAUAUCCUCAAUGGGUGGCUAAUAUUGUACCAGUUCCAAAGAAAGAUGGAAAGGUUCGAAUGUGCGUUGAUUAUCGGGAUUUAAAUAAAGCUAGUCCUAAAGAUGAUUUUCCUCUACCUCAUAUUGAUGUCCUAGUGGAUAGCACUGCUCAAUACUCUCUUUUCUCCUUCAUGGAUGGUUUCUCAGGGUACAAUCAAAUCAAGAUGGCUCCCGAAGAUAUGGAAAAAACUACGUUCAUCACACAAUGGGGGACUUUCUGCUAUAAAGUGAUGCCAUUUGGAUUGAAGAAUGCCGGGGCAACCUAUCAAAGAGCAAUGGUAACCUUGUUUCAUGACAUGAUGCAUAAGGAAAUAGAGGUUUACGUGGAUGAUAUGAUCGCAAAAUCUCGAACUGAAGAAGACCAUGUUGUUAACCUUCAAAAGUUAUUUGAGCGACUAAGGAAGUUCAAACUUCGUUUAAACCCUGCUAAAUGCACAUUUGGUGUAAGAUCAGGCAAAUUCCUUGGGUUUAUCGUUAGUCAAAAAGGGAUAGAGGUGGACCCAGAUAAAGUAAGAGCAAUACAAGAAAUGCCGGCUCCACGCACGGAAAAAGAAGUUCGUGGCUUUUUGGGUAGAUUGAAUUACAUUGCAAGGUUUAUAUCGCAUCUCACCACUACAUGCGAGCCGAUUUUCAAAUUGUUGCGCAAAGACCAAAAGGUUGAAUGGAAUGAGAAUUGUCAAAAAACUUUCGAAAAGAUUAAGCAGUACUUAUCAAAACCUCCCAUCCUAGUGCCUCUUGUUCAUGGGAAACCACUUAUUAUGUACUUAACAGUGUUUGACGAGUCAAUGGGCUGCGUACUGGGGCAGCAUGAUGAAUCUGGUAGGAAAGAACAUGCUAUUUAUUAUUUGAGCAAAAAGUUCACCAAUUGUGAAACAAGAUAUUCACUACUUGAACGAACAUGUUGCGCAUUGGCAUGGGCUGCUCGUCGGUUGAGGCAAUACAUGUUAUGUCAUACAACUUGGUUGGUGUCUAAAAUGGACCCAAUUAAGAACAUCUUUGAGAAACCUGCUCUUACUAGAAGGAUCGCCCGUUGGCAGAUGUUGUUAUCAGAAUACGAUUUGAUAUAUGUUACACAAAAAUCUAUCAAAGGAAGCGCACUAGCAGAGUACUUAGCCCAACAACCGGUAGAAGAUUAUCAAUCAAUGCUGUGUGAAUUCCCCGAUGAAGACAUAAUUACUUUAGUCGAAGAGAUUGAAUCAUAUGAUAAAGAAAAAUGGAGGUUGGUGUUUGAUGGUGCUUCUAAUGCGUUAAGGCAUGGAAUUGGAGCCAUUUUGAUUUCCCCAGAGAACCAGUUCACUCCACUUACGGCUAGGUUGUGUUUUGAUUGUACAAAUAAUAUUGCAGAAUAUGAAGCAUGUGUUAUGGGAAUUAAAGCAGCUAUUGAAUCAAAUGUAAAAUUUCUUGAGGUAUAUGGAGACUCAUUGUUGGUCAUCCAUCAGACGAAACGAGAAUGGGAAACGCGAGAUUCUAAAUUGAUUCCGUAUCACACCCAUAUCAAAGAAUUGACAGAACACUUUGAGAAGAUUACUUUUCACCAUAUCCUUCGAGAAGAAAACCAGUUAGCUGACGCCUUGGCCAUUUUAUCGUCAAUGUUCAAAAUAACCACUAAUCAAGAUGUGCCGGUCAUAAAAAUUCAACAAAGAGAUAAACCUGCAUAUUGCUUAUAAAUAGAAGAAGAGUUGGAUGGCAAGCCGUGGUUUUAUGACAUCAAAUCAUAUGUUAAGAAUAAGGAAUAUCCAUUGGGUAUUUCAGAGAACGACAAAAGGGUUUUAAGGAGAUUGUCAAUGAAUUUCUUCUUGAAUGGUGAUGUGCUUUAUAAGAGAAAUCAUGAUAUGGUUCUCCUCAGAUGUGUGGAUAAAGCAGAAGCGGAGAAAAUUAUCCAAGAGGUUCACGAAGGUUCUUUUAGAACUCAUGCAAAUGGGCACACAAUGGCAAGAAAAAUCUUAAGGGCUGGCUACUAUUGGUUGACCACAGAAUCCGACUGGUUUAGUCACGUAAAGAAAUGUCACAAAUGUCAAAUCUAUGGUGAUAAAAUACAUGUACCACCCACAUCUUUGAAUGUUUUAACAUCACCAUGGCCAUUUUCAAUGUGGGGAAUGGAUGUUAUUGGACUCAUCGAGCCUAAGGCUUCAAAUGGACACCAGUUUAUCCUAGUAGCUAUCGAUUAUUUCACAAAAUGGGUUGAAGCCGCUUCUUAUGCCAAUGUGACGAGAAGAGUGGUUGUCAGAUUCAUCAAAAGAGAACUGAUUUGUCGAUAUAGAUUGCCAAAAAAGAUAAUCACUGAUAACACGACUAAUCUGAAUAACAAAAUGAUAAAAGAGUUGUGUGAUAAUUUCAAAAUUCAGCACCAUAAUUCUUCUCCAUAUCGUCCAAAAAUGAAUGGGGCUGUAGAAGCAGCAAAUAAGAAUAUCAAGAAGAUCAUACAGAAGAUGGUGGAGACAUAUAAGGAUUGGCAUGAAAUGCUUCCCUUUGCAUUACAUGGCUAUAGAACCUUUGUUCGUACCUCAACAGGGGCAACUCCUUUCUCAUUGGUGUAUGGAAUGGAAGUGGUACUUCCCAUCGAAGUUGAAAUUCCCUCAAUUAAAGUCCUGAUGGAAACAAAACUAGAAAAGGCAGAGUGGGUUCAAUCACGAUAUGACCAAUUGAAUCUCAUAGAAGAAAAAAGAAUGAUAGCUUUGUGUCAUGGUCAGCUAUAUCAAAAAAGACUCAAAAAAGCUUACGAGAAAAAAGUCCGUCCUCGAGAGUUUCGAGAAGGAAAAUUAGUGUUGAAGAAAAUAUUGCCCAUAAAAAAGGAUUCUCGGGGAAAGUGGACUCCGAACUACGAAGGACCAUAUGUUGUGAAAAAAGCUUUCUCUGGGGGAGCUCUAAUACUCGCAGAAAUGGAUGGAGAUGAGCUUCCACUUCCAGUAAACUCAGAUGCAGUCAAGAAAUAUUAUGCUUAA